UUCCCAUGCUUAAGCUUCUCCAUUCCAGCAUACAGGUGUGCUCUAUUCAGUCUACUAUGGUUACUGUCGUCCGCUAUUGUAUGUUCCUCAGAGAGUCCUCAGAGAACGGCAGCCAGCUGGACACACCGACUCCAGAUCAGCCCGGAUUCAGCCGCACGGGACACACUGUAGUGGCAGUGUGUUUGGGAAUAAUCUUCGUUUUCGGUUUCCUAAAUAACUUUCUUGUUCUUUUGGUCUUUGCCCGCUUUCAUGUCCUGAGGACUCCUAUAAAUUUGAUACUGCUGAACAUCUGUGUGAGCGACAUGCUUGUUUGUAUUUUUGGCACACCGUUAAGUUUCGCCGCGUCUGUAUACGGCCGGUGGCUGACGGGAGUUCAUGGUUGCAGGUGGUAUGGUUUUGCCAAUGCAAUGUUCGGUAUUGUUUCACUGGUAUCACUCGCUGUACUGUCAUACGAGCGUUACAGCACCAUCCUCUGCUGCACAAAAGUGGAUGUGUCUGACUAUAGGAAGGCCUGGCUCUUCAUCACAGGCUGCUGGCUGUACUCUCUCGCGUGGACAUCGCCACCACUCUUCGGCUGGAGCAGUUACGGUCCUGAGGGUCCCGGCACCAUCUGUUCAGUCCAGUGGAACCAUCGCUCCCCAGAAACGACUUCUUACGUCAUCUGCCUCUUUGUCUUUUGCCUGCUCCUGCCUCUUCUUCUCAUGGUCUACUGCUACGGGAAGAUCCUCAUUGCCAUUCAUGGGGUUGCUAAGAUCAAUCAGACAGCUGCGCAGAGGAGGGAAACACAUGUGCUGGUGAUGGUGGUUUCCAUGGUGUCCUGUUACCUGCUCUGUUGGAUGCCGUAUGGGGUCAUGGCAUUGCUUGGCACAUUCAGCGUUGGCAUUGUCAGCCCCACAGCCAGCGUUGUGUCGUCCAUACUAGCAAAGAGCAGCACUGUUUUGAAUCCCAUCGUCUACGUUCUGUUCAAUAAUCAGUUCUACAGGUGCUUUAUAGCUUUAGUAAGAUGUGGUCCAGAGCCUCCAGCCCAUCUCACCCUUCACACAGAAGAAGGUGGUGGUCAACAGGACUGCAUCCCUAUGGGGUCAUAUGGUAUCACACAGAUGGCCAGUCCGCCCCUGUCUCCACCUGAUAGCCCAGACAAGUUUGGGACCCCCACAAUGACCCAAAGGGCUUCACUACAGAGAAGAGGUAAUAAGACUUUGGUUCCUGUGGUACACUGUUCUCCCUAAAACUGCUGGAUAUGAAAACACUAUCCACGCAAAACCAUAUUAAGAGACAGGAAAUAAAAUUGUGUGCGUUUUUACUG